UUCAUUACUCAACAGAAUUUUCAUACGCACAAACCUUUAUAAGGGAUUAGCUCCCGUUCGAUUCAACAAUAAUUCACCUGAUAUCUGAAUACACAGUGAAAUCGGUCUUGUAUAUUUGGCUAUCCCAAUCGUUUUUUACUUUUUUACGUUGGUGUUUUCACUUGAUCUUCCUCGCCGAAAUGAAGAAGCGUACUAAUAAAAAAGUGGUGAAUAAGGUGACCGAGCCCCAGGUGAAGCCGCAGGAAAUGAAGGAUACUGUGGUCUUCAAGCGACCCAGGUACAUGCCCAACCUGGGCAACCUGAUCAUGCCGAAGGUCGUGUUCGAGCAUGAGCACCGAAUUGUGAUGGUCCGGCUGUUCCUCGAGGUCCAGAAGCACGAUCAGAAAGCCACGGACUCCUUUAACGGCUGCCAGGUGCAGUGCUUCCAAGUGCCGAGCUACCUGUUCCCGCAGGAUGCUCCGCUGCACCGGAUCGCCUUCAUGCCGUCGCAGCUGCUGCCGCCGGGCUUCGAUGCGGGCGGUGUAUUCGGCCCGGGCGUCCUGGCCCGACGAUUCUAUCCCCUUAACCUGCUGCCCGUCGACCUCAAGGGCCAUACGCCGCCCCUUUUCGUGGGUCAACGCAGCCUGGAUCCGCAGUUCUCGCCGGAGGUGAAGCGACUGAUUGAAUUCUCGCAGAAUUUUCUUCCUGCAAUGUCGCCUGAUCUCCAGGCUUCCGCUGCUCCCGCGGCUCCCGUCGAUCCGCCAGCUUCGACUUCUGCCGCUGCCGCUGCCGCUGCCGCUGCCUCUUCCGUUGCCGCUGCCUCUUCCGCUGCCGUUGCCACUGCCGCUGCCUCUUCCGCUGCCUCUUCCGCUGCCGCUGCCUCUUCCGCUGCCGCUGCCACUCCCAAUCCGAAGAAGAUGCCAAGGGUCAGCAAGGAGGUGAUCAAUCUGGAGAAGCGGCUGGCCCGCAAUGACAUCACCGUGGCCAUGGUGAUCACUCCGCCGCCACCACCGCCGACCCUGUCGCGCUAUCCACUGCGCAAGAUCUCCGAGCAGUAUAACAUAUAUGUGCCGGAUCUGACCAAUGUCCGGGUGGUUAUGCCGCGCAUCUGCAACCUAACGGUGGCCAUUCUCUCCACGGUUAUCCAUCCGCAUGUGCCCGCCGUGGCCUUUGCCACCAUGGGCGACGACGAGGUGUGUCCGCGUUUUGAUCUGCCCGAGGAUCUCUUUCCAGCCAGCUAUGCUUUGAAGCGUCCGGUCUUCCUGCCCAAGCGCAAUCUGCCCAAAGGAUUCGAGGCUUGCUGCAUCUUCCGUCCGGGCACCCUGCCGGAUGCCUGGUUCCGUGGAAGUCUCCUGAGUGGCACACCACAGCCCCAACAUAGCGCCGUCAUCACACCACCGCUUCUGGUGGGCAAGUUCUCCAGGGAGGAGAAUGCGGUUCGUCUGCUUAAGGAACUCCAACUGGAGGCCGAGGGGCACAAGCACAAGCUCGAGCACAAGCUCGAGCACAAGGCGCCCGGCGUGGAUGAGGCAUCUGUUCGGGAAUUGGAGCCAUUGGAGAUGCAUAACAGACCCAAGGGCAUCAUUUUGCUGGUGACGGAACACCAGGCGACGCCAACCGAACGCAUGACUUUGGACGAAUUAGUCGAUCCCUAUGAUGUCUUCAAUGCUAACGCCUUUAUAAAAAUAACCCGAGAUGAUACCACUGGACAAGAUGAACCAGAACCAGAUACAGACGCUGAGGUGUGCGUCUGUUGCGGAUCCCGAUUUGUCCAAGAGGAAGGUAAAGUCAAUGCCGCUGACGAUGGCGAAGCCGAAGUCAAAGCCGAAGUCAAGCCCGAAGUCAAAGCCGAAGUUAAAGCCGAAGUCAAAGCCGAAGUCAAAGCCGAAGCCGGUGCCGAAGCCGGUGCCGAAGUAGAAACGGGAACAGAACAAGAUACCGACUUGGAUACUUCCGCAUCCGAAGGCGGUUGCCCGGGAACCAAGACGACGUACCUCCGGUUCUUCAGUAUCGAUACCAACAUCGAUAAGCUGGCCGAGGCUGUGGGCGAUGUGAGCAAGGCGCAAUUGGAGCUGGUGCUCACCGAUAAUGAGACGCCCGAUAUCAAUGUCGACCGCGCCAUGGAGCAGCUACGUAUGGUGCUCCAAACCCGGAACGAGAUCCGCCUGGCUACCGCCCGGCAGAUGCAGGAUCACCUCAAUAGAACGGAAACGGACCUCCGUAAGGUGCUCCACAAGAAUGAGCGUGAUCCCUGUUCGCAGUGCGCCAAGCACCACUAAAUAUUGCCAUUAUUCUACUAAAGAAUGCUUGCAGCAAUUAUAAAUUAUUAUCUACUUA